AUGAACAGCAUUCGACACGUUAAGUGCGACGAAACUCCUGGGACAUGCAACACCUGCAAAACUACCGGCCGGAAAUGCGAUGGCUAUGAUCUGCAUCGCUUGCCCGUCAGGAAGCGAGCUCUCACAUUGACCCAGAGUAUUUACCCUCACCCGGGGUGGGUGACUACCAUGGACGAGCGACGAUGCUUUUCAUACUUUCGACAUUGCUCCAUUCCUGGCCUCGGAGCUUUCUUCGACUCUCCUCUCUGGCAGAACAUUAUCUUGCAGAUUAGUCAUGUCGACCCUGCUGUGUAUCAUGCCGCCAAUAUGCUCGGUGCCCUUCACGAAGACUCGGACGCGAACGAAAUGCGCUUGUCUGGAGAAAACCUCCAGCGAGCUCGUCAUCGCUUGGCACUUCAGCAGGCCUCGCGAGCUUAUACCCAUCUCUCCCAACGCCAGUCCUCGAACGACCCUCAGUACCGGGAAGUUAUGCUCGUAUGCUGCCUUCUUUUUGUCAUGUCCGAGCUGUUACUGGGACGGUAUGACAAUGCCUUCCAGCACCUGCAUAGUGGGCUUCGCAUCCUCAAAGAGACACAGGACUAUCAUUCAACAAUUAGCAUAGACGAUUCGCUGCUCCAAAUCUUCGGACGACUUGAUAUCCAAUCCGCCCAUUUUGGGCCUGGCACCCCGUUCCUGUUCACUAAUUUUGGAAUCGAUGAUGACGUGCAUACCCUGAAUCGUUUUUCUGGAAUGCAAACUGUGUCAGAUGUACACAGAAGCGUGACUCUUCUCUUAAAUAUAGGUAUCCCUUUCCUCGCCCGAUGCUGGCCGUUAUCCGCUGUUGAAACUGCAGCACAAUAUGAUGAGUUUUUUCAGAAGCAGCAACAAAUUUUGCGCCUGAACGAUCAGUUCCAAUACCAUCUCGGGAUAUUUAAUCGCGAUUUCUAUCACACCCUUCGUGGUCGUGAGCAGCAAGCUAUCGAUCUGCUUCAACUCCAGAGUCUUGGACAGAUCCUCAGUCUGAAGACCUGUCUCAUCAAAGGACAAGUGCCUGCAAGGUUGACACCGGAUUAUAUCACCCUGCUCUCGGCGCAUCAGCAGUUCCUAGCCAAAUGUUCUGAUCGCCCAACAUUUACUUUGGACUACGGCGUCCUCCCGGGCUUGUGGGUGGUGGCCUCGCAGUGUCCAGACUAUUCAAUUCGCUUGCACGCAAUCUACAUCUUGCAGACCUGGCCCCACUGUGAGGGAAUCAUUAAUUCUAAUGUCGUCGUCUCGAUGGCUUUAACACGUCUGAAGGCAGAAUUACGGACUCAUGGUCAAUUGUACAGCUCGAUUGUGGACGCUGACAUGGAAGAGGAGCUGUCCAAGUUUCUGUUUGACACGUUGACGUUGACGCAGCAGUCGACGAACUGGUCGGUCAUUCGCGGAACUGAUCUGCUUCGGAAACAUUCUUGA